AUGGAUUUACCGAUAUCCAACGUAGUUUGGUGUGAAAUACUAGCGGCAUGCAUGACUUAUGGCUUGGGUUUUCUUGGUAAUCUAUUAUCAUUAAUUAUUUUUUUUUCACAAGAAGAAUUUCGUAAGGUUUCAACUGGUGUAUUAUUUAUUCUUAUGACUUUUUCAAAUACUAUUCAUUUAUGGACAUUAACAACAGAAUUUCUUGCUAUAUUUAAUGUUUUUAUUUAUUCAAAUGUAUUUUUACAAUGUCGACUAAAUUAUUUUGUACAAAAUCUUAGUCGAACAGUGAGUACUUAUCUAGCUAUUGCUAUUACACUAGAUCGCUUGAUUCGUUCGGAAUUACCGAUGCGUUCAAGGAUAAUUUGCACACGUCGAAAUGUCAUUAAAUUAACUUUAAUUUAUUUAAUAAUAUUUUCUAUUUUGUAUUCAUUUUGGUUUUGUCCAAUGGUUACAUUGAAUCCUAUUACAAAUACGUGUUAUAUUGGUCAAUCAUCAAUAUAUAAUUAUUUUAUUAGUAAUGUUUAUCUGCCAAUUCGAUUAAUUGUUGGUUGUAUUAUUCCAGUUAUUAUAAUGAGUUUAGCAAAUAUUCGUAUGUUAUUUAAUAUAAAACAAUCUCGUCAACGUGUUGAUCCAAGAAAUCAAAUAGAUACAAGUGUUGCUACAAUAAAUGUUAGCUUAAUAAAUGGACGAAUGACACCAAUUGAUCGAAUGUUGUUUUAUAUGAUGUUAACUAGUGUUGGUACAUUUAUUGUAACACAAAUUCCAUUUAAUAUAUAUACACUUGUGCGAGCUAAUUAUGAAACAUUUGAUUUGUACACUCAUCUAUUGGUUCGUGCAUUACUUUUAAUUUGGUCAAGUAUUUAUUUUGGUAUUGGAUUUUAUUUAUAUUGUUUGGGAUCACCACUUUUUCGUGAAAAAUUCUUUCAAAUGAGUAAAAAACUAAUAAAUUUUACAUGGAGACUUCGCCAAGCAUGA